CUGCCCCUCCGCCUGCUCCUGCACUAACCAGUUCAGCAAGGUGGUGUGCACCCGGCGCGGCCUGGCCGAGGUGCCCCCCGGCAUCCCCUCCAACACCCGCUAUCUCAACCUCAUGGAGAACAACAUCCAGAUGAUCCAGGCCGACACCUUCCGCCACCUGCACCACCUGGAGGUGCUGCAGCUGGGCCGGAACGCCAUCCGGCAGAUCGAGGUGGGCGCCUUCAACGGCCUGGCCAGCCUCAACACCCUGGAGCUCUUCGACAACUGGCUGACGGUGAUCCCCAGCGGCGCCUUCGAGUACCUGUCCAAGCUGCGGGAGCUGUGGCUGCGCAACAACCCCAUCGAGAGCAUCCCCAGCUACGCCUUCAACCGCGUGCCCUCCCUCAUGCGCCUCGACCUGGGCGAGCUCAAGAAGCUCGAGUACAUCUCCGAGGGCGCCUUCGAGGGCCUGUACAACCUCAAGUACCUCAACCUGGGGAUGUGCAACAUCAAGGACAUGCCCAACCUGACGCCCCUGGUGGGCCUGGAGGAGCUGGAGAUGUCGGGCAACAACUUCCCCGAGAUCAAGCCGGGCUCCUUCCACGGGCUCAAGUCGCUCAAGAAGCUCUGGAUCAUGAACUCGCAGAUCAGCCUGAUCGAGCGCAACGCCUUCGACGACCUGACGGCGCUGGUGGAGCUCAACCUGGCCCACAACAACCUGUCGUCCCUGCCCCACGACCUGUUCGCCCCGCUGCGCUACCUGGUGGAGCUGCACCUGCACCACAACCCCUGGGACUGCGACUGCGACAUCCUCUGGCUGUCGUGGUGGCUGCGCGACCCCCGCUCCGGGAAGGCGCCAGGCUCCCGAGUUUUGCCGGGAGAGAGGAAUCGGGAUUAA